CAGCAAGACCAAAACAAUCGCCGGCCUUUUCUGUUUUCUUUAAUAAACUUUCCGAAACUAGAUAAUUUCUGCUGCACAGCCCGAAGAUGUCGAAAGCCGCCGGUCGUUUGAAAACUAUGAAGAAAACCUUCGACAAAAUCAACCACACGAGCAAACUGCGGACCAACAUACCGGCGGGGAUGGCGGUCGCUGGACCUCCGCUAGGACCAAUGCUGGGCCAGCGCGGUAUAAACAUUGCAGCCUUCUGCAAGGAUUUCAACGAAAGAACGAAAGACAUAAAGGAGGGCAUUCCGCUACCGUGCCGAGUGGCCGUCACAUCCGAUCGCGCCUACGAACUGGCCAUUCACUCACCUCCGGCAACGUUUUUACUCAAACAAGCGGCCGGCAUCCAGCGAGGAGCGAUGAGCCCCGGCAAAGAGGUGGCCGGCAAGAUUACGCGGAAACAUUUGUACGAAAUAGCACAAAUUAAGUUGCAAGAUCCACCCAAUGCGCUGCUGUCCUUAGAGCACAUGUGCAAGGCGUUGGUAGGAGUGGCCCGUACCUGCGGUAUCGAAAUAGUGAACGAGCUCGAUCCGGUAGAGUACCAACAGUUUCUCGACGAACGGAAGCAGGUCGUUGAAGAACAACGUAAGGAGUUACAAGAAAAACGGGAAGCGCGUAUGUUGCGUGUUGGUUAG